CCGGCGCGUACCGCCUUCCCGCCCCCCCCCGGGGGGGACUCCCACCCGCAGCGUCCCCGGGGGGUCGGUGCGCGGGUGCCGCUGCGCGGGGUGUCAUCGCUAAGCGCUCCUGCUCCCUUAAAGCUGAUACCCGUCGAAAAUCGAGGGGGAGAGGGGGAGGCAGGGAGGGCCGGCCCGGGACGGAGUCCCUUCCCGUUCGUGCCGGUGUGGCGGGGCACGGAGGCGGUUUUCCCCGGCCGACCGGCUGCCACCGUGUUGGGUUUUUUUUCACGCGUGAACGCUUCCUACGGCAACCCCGGCCUGAGCGUUAUAUGGCCGUGUAAUUAAUGCUGUGGGUUAACGACCCCGCCGCCGCUCCCGCGCACGGAGGAGCCGCCGGUGCCGGCCGGGGGCAGCGGGUCCCGCGGUUCCCGCCCGGCCGGAGGCUCCGGCUCCGCUCCUCGCCGCUGGCGACGGGCUCCUGAGCAGCGCGGACGGGGCUUGGAGAGGAAAUUGAGGUUUUCUUUUUUUUCCCUCCCCCCCCUUUUUUUUUUUUUCUUGUUUUGUUUUGUUUUAAUGGGAAGGAGAUGGGGAGGCGGCGGGGUGUGUGUGCAUCGCCGGGCAGCCCCGCCUGGCACGGCUGCACCGGCCAGUGCUCCAGCCCCUCUCCUCCUCCUCCUCACACCUCCUUGCUCGGUCCUUUCGCUCUGAAACACCAAAUGUGUUUCAUUUUAAGGUUUGUUGUUUGUUUUUUUUUUUUGUGGGAAAGAUGCCGUUCAAAGGGCGAGCAGCAGCUCUCGGUACCGCGUGCUGGGAUUUGGCAAGUGAAGUGUGUCAUCAGUAAUCCAUUUAUUUUAGACGAUCCAGACCUGAAAGAUAUUGACCCCACGGUAUUAAAACAUUGCCAUGCUGCGGCUGCAACGUGUAUUCUGGAGGCAGGGAAGCAGAGAGCCGACAUAUCUGCUAUAAGCACAUGUCUAGAAGACUGUAAACUGGAUAAAGAGAGAAUAGAACAAUUUUGCACCGAAUAUCAGAAAAACAAGGAUGCAUUGGAAAUACUCUUGGGAAGCAUAGGCAGAUCUCCCCUCCAUAUAACUGAUGUGUCUUGGCGCUUGGAAUAUCAGAUCAAGAGCAAUCAACUUCAUAAAACUUACCAACCCUCCUACUUAGUGACCUUAAACAUAGAGGUACUGUACUCCCAGCACCCUCAGAGCAAAAAAUGCAAUUUCAUUAUUUUUAAAAAUAAAACAGGCAAUAUUGUUUUGAGGUUUGUUGGGGUUUUUUGUGUUCUUUUUUGUUUCCUUCAGAACAGUGAUUCAGGAUCACACCCAGAUGUUAGUUUUAGUUGCACCAUGGAGCAAUUACAGGAUUUAGUUGGAAAACUAAAAGAUGCUGCAAAAAGUCUAGAAAGAGCAACUCAGAUGUGAUGGAAGAAAGCUGUCAGCCUGCUGAGCUGAAGUACUCUGAUUCCUAGGAGUGUCUUCUAAAUGACAAAUGUCUUUCAUCUCUUGAAGCAAACUGUUCCUUUUUUUUAAGUACUUGGAUGCGAAUUAAGUGAAAUAACUUUUUAAUUACCUUCGUAUUCCUUGCUUAUGUCACUUUUUUAUUAUUAUUAACUCUCGUUAAAUAUUUGCCCAACAGUCGUGUCUUCAAAGCAUUCCUUCUAUUUUAUUUUUUUUUAUUUUUAGAAAAGUCGCUGAUUAUUUUUUUUCUGGAUCUAAUAAAGUUUAUUCACUCCUGUUCUGCAA